CGCCCCCGGCUCAGCUGGAUGGAUGUGAGGCUGCCAAUUGGGAGAAGUGGAGACACCACGUGACCCUCUCCUCCAGUAGAUCGGCGCGCAGUCAGCAGCAGCUCAUUUGCAUGGCCCGUGUAUAAAUACCGCCGCGGUGGCAGGAGGAGAACAGACGAGAUUUUGUCCUCAGUCAGAAUGCCCGAGCCAGCCAAGUCCGCCCCAGCGCCCAAGAAGGGCUCCAAGAAAGCCGUCACCAAGGUUCAGAAGAAGGACGGCAAGAAGCGGAGGAAGAGCAGGAAGGAGAGCUAUGCCAUCUACGUCUACAAGGUGCUGAAGCAGGUCCACCCCGACACCGGCAUCUCCUCCAAGGCCAUGGGCAUCAUGAACUCCUUCGUCAACGACAUCUUCGAGCGCAUCGCAGGGGAAGCCUCCCGCCUGGCUCACUACAACAAGCGCUCCACCAUCACCUCCCGGGAGAUCCAGACCGCCGUGCGCCUGCUGCUGCCCGGAGAGCUGGCCAAGCACGCCGUCUCCGAGGGCACCAAGGCCGUCACCAAGUACACCAGCGCCAAGUGAGCGCCGCCCCCGCUCUCCGGACCCAAAGGCUCUUCUCAGAGCCCCCACCCUGUCUCCAGCGGAGCUGCUCCCGGGUCUCCCCGUUCUCACAGUGGCUGCGGUUUUCCUCCCUGUCAGCUAGAUGAGAUGCGGUAACGCUAG